AUGCCUCGCGUCCCGCCACCGACGGCCAACUUCUUUGCUCGACUUUUGCCGCCUCCGCCGCCAAACCCAGCUGACGUGUAUCAGCCGGUGUUGAGCGUCUCGGGCGGCCUGCCUUCGUCCUACCAAGACCUUUACGACACGGCGGUUCGGGGAGUGCUGCAGAGCCUGGAGACGGAGAAGGCAGUGGACUUCCCGCCCAUCGCCAGCAUCAACGCGCGCAGCGACGGCUCUGCGGCGUCGGAACAGAAGGUGCACGAGGCGAACGCGCGGUUUGCGCUGCAGCUCUGCGGACGCCUGGCCGACAGCAGCGUGUGUGACGGCGAGCCGGUGCUGGUCGGUUGCAGCUCAGGCGCGCGCGCGGCACUCGGCGGCGAUGCCCUAUCGCUGCGCGACGCCAAGCAGGCGCUCAAGAUUUGCGCGGGCGACAAGGUCGUGGUGGUGGUGUCGCCCGUCUUGGACGAGGAGUGGGACGCGGCGACGGCGCUGGUCGAGCCGCCCGCUUCGGCCGCCGGCCUGGUCGUCGUGAACGGGCAGCUGUCCAACGGGCUCUUGCCGCACGCGUACUUUUAUCGGCCGAUGUCGGCCUUCUCGGCGGUGACGGGCGGGGUGGCGCGGCUCUACCCAGGCCCAUACGAGUGCUUCGAUGCGAGCGGCGAGCGGGUGGAGCUGGAGGUGCCGCUGGCGAGGCAAGGCGCUCGCGCUUUGCCAGACACAAAGGGUGCGCAGAUGGCACUGCAAGAGCGGUUUGGCGGAGCGCGGUAAGGAAGGAAAGUGUAUACACAGG